AGGGCGCAGGAUGUUGCCUUGUACAGGAGAGGUGUGGUGGUUUCUCUAAGCUGAAAUUCUGUGUGCCAUCCUAGUGCCAGCAUCUGCCCCCCUGCCAUCCAGCACCUCCAUGCCGUCCACAGCACAGAGCCCUCAGCAGGAUGGUCAAUGUGGACUAUUGUCACCCAGAUAUUAACAUGAGCCGUGAACCAGAUUCCACAGAGGAACAGCAAAACGGAGGGGAACACUUACAGAAUGGUGGUGAGCGCAACAGCCUGGAUUUCAGCAGACAGAUUAAAACAGAAGAUUUUAGUGAAACACUGCAGCCUGGAAUAUCUCAUCGACCAUGUCAUCUGCCUCAAGGAUCUAUAAUGGGUGGAGGACAGAUGACUGGGGAUAUGCCGUCUAUACACUCUCUUCAGCAACUUGUCCUGGUUCCCAGCCACCUACAAUCAGCUUCUCAGUUCCUUCUUUCACAAUCACAGCCUGUCCAGCAAGAGUCCAAAAAAUGCGAUAUUGUCACGGUGUCAUGGUAUCAAGGGAUGCCAAUGUUCCUCAACGCGUUUCGCGCCCAAUAUAGGGGCUUCUUUAGCAGGAAGGAAGAUACUCUAUAUAGACAGAUAUACAUGAAGGGUGAUGUUGGCCUGGCUAUGGGGAAGCUGUAUGGGAACGAUUUUAGCCAAACAACAAUUUCUCGGUUUGAAGCGCUUAACCUGAGUUUUAAAAACAUGUGUAAGCUGAAACCUCUUUUGGAGAAGUGGCUGAGUGAUGCAGAAUCUGCCCCAUCAGAUUCUGCUAUGACAACAAAUACAACAUAUCCGCAAUUAAGUGAGAUGUUUGGACGGAAAAGGAAAAAAAGGACAAGUAUAGAGACUAACAUACGUCUGACUUUGGAGAAACGAUUUCAAGAUAACCCAAAGCCAAGCUCAGAGGAAAUCAGCAUGAUAGCUGAACAGUUGGCUAUGGAGAAGGAAGUGGUGCGGGUUUGGUUCUGUAAUCGUCGCCAGAAGGAAAAAAGAAUUAACUGUCCAAUUAACUUGCCUCUGAAGUCUCCUAUCUAUAAUUCAAGAAUGGUAUCAUCUGGUUCUUUGGGGUCUUUAGCUAUCACUCCAGUACAUAGCACAAUGACCAGCACAGUAACUUCAUCUUGUUCCCCUGGGAGCUCCAGCAGACCGUCCUCGCCAAAUUCAGGCCUUCAUUCCUGCAGUCCUGGAAUCUCGCUAAACAGUACAAAACCCAAUGUGAAUACUUCCAGCUACAGCUCAUCUGGACCAUGGUAUCGGUGGAAUCCUCCAACAUAUCUUCAUUAAAGAACUUCUUCUGUCUCUACUAAAAAAGGAGAUAACUAAA